GAGAUACAGAACGCUCUCAAUACAAUGAGUCUCAGGAUCACGACUUGGAAUGUCAAUGGAAUCAGGAAUCCAUUCAGUUAUCAGCCAUGGCGGGACCAGAGAACUUUCACCGCUAUGUUCGAUAUCCUCCAAGCGGAUAUUGUGAUCAUGCAAGAGCUGAAAAUUCAACGGAAAGAUUUGAAAGAUGACAUGGUGCUUGUACCUGGCUGGGACUGCUACUUCAGUCUUCCUAAACAUAAGAAAGCAGGAUAUUCCGGCGUUGCUAUCUAUACCAGGCAAAGCGUUUGUGCUCCAAUCAAGGCGGAAGAGGGCAUUAUCGGUGUUCUGUGCCCACCAAACUCAUCGACCUGUUACUGUGACCUUCCAGAAGAUCAAAAAAUCGGUGGCUAUCCGACGGCUACUCAGCUCUCUGUUUGCCCGGUCGAUGCUAGCGCCUUAGAUUCUGAAGGCCGUUGUGUUGUUCUGGAAUUUCCUGCCUUUAUUCUAAUUGGGGUUUACAGCCCAGCCAAUAGCGCAGGUAAUAGAGACGACUUUCGUCUAGGAUUUUUAAAUGCGCUUGAUGCGCGUGUCAGAAAUCUUGUCUCAGCUGGCAAGCAUGUCAUCGUCGCGGGCGAUCUCAACGUGUCUCGAGACGAACUGGAUUCAGCGAAUCCGGUGGAAACCAUGAGAAAAAGCGGUCUUACUCCUGAGGAGUACAUUUCGACACCUACAAGGCGACUUUUUAAUCAGCUAUUGUUUGAAGGCAAAGUUCUAGGCCAACGAGACGAAGGCAGAGAGCAGCCGAUGUUAUGGGAUACCUGUCGCGGCUUCCACCCAGAGCGCAAAGGAAUGUUCACAUGCUGGGAACAAAAGAUAAAUGCUAGACCUGCAAACUACGGCUCAAGGAUUGACUAUGUUCUCUGUAGCAUAGGCAUCAAAGACUGGAUCUCUGAUGCCAAUAUUCAAGAGGGGCUUUUGGGAUCUGAUCACUGUCCAGUAUAUACAGUAAUAAAAGAGAAAAUCAAUGUUGGUGAAAAGCAAGUUCACAUAUAUGAUCUGAUGAACCCAAACGGGGUGUUCAAAGCUGGAAAACGAAUACGCUCGUAUGACACAAAAUGGCUUCCUGCUUUGUCUGGUCGCUUGAUUCCAGAGUUUGAUCGGCGUCGAAGCAUUCGAGAUAUGUUUACGAAAAAGCCGUCUCUCACCGCCGCAUCAACUGGUCGUACAUCGAAUGCUCUCACACCAGAGGCUGAAUUACAUAGUCUUGGUUCUGAAACUCUCACCCCCAAUUCCGAACCUUCAAAUUUACCGUCCCCUGAGAGAUUGAAGUUUCCCAGCUCUAAUGGCUCAACACUGGGGGAAAAGAGGGAUGCUCAAAUGCCACAUCAAUCUCAGCGGCCAGCUAAACGUAGCAAAUCAACUGCUGUGUCCGCUGCUAGUGGCCCAGAGAGGGGUCAAAAGAGCCUGAAGGGUUUCUUCAAGCCAAGAUCUUCUGGACAGCUUAAUGGUAGAAUAGAUUCCAAGGCCGAUGAUUUAUCAGUGCCUUCCAGCUCGCUUGAAUCAAGUCUGCAACGCUCCUCAUCGUCCACUGACGACGUCAAGGUUCAAUCUAAUCAAUUUCGCGCUGGUUUUUCGUUUACCAAGACUGGCGAUUCUCAAGACGUAUCAAAAACGGAUUCUCAGAGCAAUACAUUCCGCCCACCGUCCCUUCCAUCAGCGGAAUCGGAAUUGAAAGAAAGUCAAGAGUGCGAGGGGGUUGUCGAUCCAAUUGUCACAAAGGAGUCAUGGUCAAAGCUUUUCAGCAAGCCCGUCGCACCUCGUUGCGAGGGUCACAAUGAACCGUGCAUAAAACUAACAACCAAGAAAAGUGGGUUCAAUUGUGGACGUGCGUUUUGGAUAUGUCCAAGGCCGGUCGGUCCUACUGGAAGCAAGGAGAAGGGGACGGAAUGGCGGUGCCAGACGUUUAUAUGGAGCAGUGACUGGAACGCCCGCGACUCUGGCCCGUGAAUUUAUCAUGUUGGCGCGAGGGAAGGCGUAGAUCUCUUCGCAUUCGACAGAAACCCCCGCGUCAUACUUACAAGCUAGCUUUCCUCUCCAAGGAGUCUUGUUGUCAAGAUGAUAAGGAGGUUCGGCCCCUCCUCGGACGCUCGAAGUUCAUUUGCCUAUAUCCAGCGCUGGCCGGUCUUCUUUAUCCGCAAGCGGGUAGAUGUCAUGCAGCGCAACGUUCUCUGCUAUGUACCUCUAAUAUCAGGCGCACAAUUAUAGCCAUUUGGGUCGCGAGCAGAGCCCUUCAUCGCCUGCCAUAACCUCGACGACUUUUAACCAGUCAAUAUCUCACACUCUCAAGCAGUC